GACUGGAAUCUUCUUUCUUAUCCACUCGGUGGUUGCAGGGAAAGAUGGCCGGAGUGUGCUUCCCAUGGGGCGGCGAGGCUUGCCGCCUACUUAUCCCAGUCCGCCGUGAACUUCCGGUUUCCUUGGCUGUUCCGAAGUCCUCAUCUAUGAUCGUGAACGAUAACCUCAGUGCAUUCCUGGAGAUUCUCCCCAGAGAUCUGCGCCACCGUCUCCUCGACGAUCCCCGCAGAAACCAGCUCGUAGAGGUGAUAAUGGACUUGGGGAGACCACCUGAAGCACGUUAUCUCGGAGAACGAGGAGGGCAGUAUCUUAGGAACAUCGAGGUAUCCAUGGAAGAGCUAGAGGAUGCUCAAGAGCUGGUAGGUGAGUUUGGGGCUGAUAACAGAGCUGGAAUUGAAGGUACAUUGCACAGGAUAUCUGCCAUUCGCAAUAGGAAAGGCUUCAUUGUUGGUCUAACUUGUCGGGUUGGGAGAGCUGUGAGUGGUCACAUUGACAUGCUCUAUGAUCUUCUUCACUACGGCAAAAGCAUCUUGUUUGUUGGACGGCCCGGUGUUGGGAAGACCACUGUUUUGCGAGAGAUGGCUCGUGUCUUGUCUGAUGAAUUCCAGAAAAGAGUGGUGAUAAUUGAUACGAGCAACGAGAUAGGAGGAGAUGGCGAUAUUCCGCACUCUGCUAUUGGAGGUGCGCGUAGAAUGCAAGUACCUAAGCCAUCUUUGCAGCAUAAAGUGAUGAUCGAGGCAGUAGAGAACCAUAUGCCUCAGGUGAUCAUCGUUGAUGAGAUCGGCACAGAAGCUGAAGCCCUUGCCUGUCGUUCCAUUGCUGAAAGGGGAGUGAUGUUGAUUGGUACUGCUCAUGGAGAGCAGCUCCAGAACAUCAUAAAGAACCCUACUCUUUCAGACUUGAUUGGUGGUAUUGAGACUGUCACUCUGGGAGAUGAAGAAGCGCGGGCGAGAAGGAGCCAAAAAAGCAUUCUCGAGAGAAAAGCUCCCCCAACUUUUUAUUUCCUGAUCGAGAUGAGAGAGAGAGAUUAUUGGAUUGCGCACCAGACUGAAAAGAGUGUGGAUAUGUUGCUCCGAGGAAGGAACCCCAUGGUUGAGGUAAGGAAAAGAGAUGAGGAGUUUAAAGUAGUGAUAGAAAGAUGGAAAUCAUACGACGGACAAGGCAUCUGAGUUUUCCUUGUAAUGGGUUGUUAUGUCAACAAACUUUGGCUUUCUUCUAAAUAAAGAUAUUCGCAAAGGAUUGACAAACAUUUGUACGAGUGACUAAUAUAUGCAAUUCGAAGAUAAGAAAUCAUCCUUUUCA